GACCCGAAUUGGAGCUGCAGCGGCCGCCGGCUUCAGUCUCCGCCAAGCGGGCUGAGCGGGAGGAGUGGUUGCAAGGCACAGCCCCUAGCCCCUCUAGGCCAGAUCUCGCUCCGGGGCUUCUUCCCCAUCCGGCUGCCGCUCCCAGCCUGCAGGGGUGGGGAGGGCAAGACCGGCUCUUAAGGAGAGGGCGAAGAAGGCAGCAGCGCGCAGCGCGCAUGGCGAUGGCGGGCGCGCGGCGGCUCCCCGCUGGAACGCGCGCGGCGGCCCGGCGCUGCUGCUGCCUCCGGCCGGGCGCGCGCCCCGCCCCGCCCCCGGGCUCUCCAAGAGGGCUGCAGCCAAUGAGGCUCUUGUCUUCCUGCAGCCUCCUGCUGCCCAGAGCUGUCCAGGCCUUGGGGGCUGAGGCUGGCCUGUCCCACUGCCGUUCUUUUAUGGGCUUCGCUUCCCCAUUCACCAACAAGCGCAAGGCCUACUCCGAACGCAGGAUUAUGGGGUACUCAAUGCAGGAGAUGUAUGAGGUGGUGUCCAAUGUCCAGGAGUACAAGGAGUUUGUGCCUUGGUGUAAGAAGUCUUUAGUGGUGUCCAGUCGAAAAGGUUACCUGAAGGCCCAGUUGGAGGUUGGCUUCCCCCCUGUUGUGGAACGUUACACCUCAGCUGUCUCCAUGGUCAAACCUCAUAUGGUCAAGGCUGUUUGCACUGAUGGCAAACUCUUCAACCAUUUAGAGACCAUCUGGAGGUUCAGCCCUGGUCUUCCUGCCUACACGCGCACUUGCACUGUGGACUUUUCGAUUACCUUUGAAUUUCGAUCACUGCUUCACUCUCAACUGGCCACCAUGUUCUUCGAUGAGGUCGUUAAGCAGAAUGUUGCUGCCUUUGAACGCCGAGCAGCCACGAAGUUUGGUCCAGAGACAGCCAUCCCCCGUGAACUCAUGUUCCAUGAAGUGCACCAUACUUGAGACCAGCCCCAUAACUUAUUUAUUUGGUUUGAUCUAUGCUCCAUCAUCUGGGGCAAGUCUUGUGUAUGUCUGCCUCCCUUCCCCCCUGCCCUAAAGUUCUGGCUCUCAGGGGAGAGAGAACUCAGGAAUCUGGGGUGAGCUUCUCAAUUAGGAGAUGCUGAGGGUUAAGGGAGAUCCCCAAGAGUUGGCUAGCCUGGCUGCAGGAACUGAACCUUAUAUACCUGUCUCCUUCUGGAAACCGAACUCAGAAUUGCUGGGAUUUUAUCUUUGGUUGUGAUCUAGGGCUCCAUUCCCCAUCAAACUUAAGCUGCCUCAGUGUCUCUGGAAGGGUAAAGCAAUCCCAGGUCUCCAGUAAAGCUAUAUUGCACUGUUCCUCUCUCUUGUUAAGGAGCUAAGGGGAUAGGGGUGGUCCCUAUUGUUUUGAAAAAGAAGCCUUAUGAGGGAAAAGUAAUUUCCAGUUUGGAAUCCAAGUAUCUGAAAUUCUAUCUAAAGUCUGGUUUCCAAAAAAGGAAAUUUUCCCCACUUGGCUAACAUGUAGGAUGUCUGAGAAGUUCUUUCCCCCUUGCAGGGUGGAGGGGAAGCUAUGAGUAAAGCUGCAUUUACUUCUAGCCUGUCCCUUUCUUCCACUUGGGCUGAGUGUUUUGAUGAAGAGCCAAUAAACCAAUUGUGUGAAUUUGA